UAUCCCAUGAUGCCUUGCGGAGACGUUUGAGGGACGUCCAACAUGGCGGACUACUCGAACGCUACCGUCUCCUCGCUUAUGAAAUUCAAAGUUGUUGAGCUCAAAGCGAAACUUAGUGAGCUUGGACUACCUAUUUCAGGUCUAAAGGCAGACUUGGUUGAUCGUCUGCACAAGUACUAUGUCGCUCAAGCUAUUCAGCAAGAGGAACAACAGAGGCAACAAGUUAUUGCAAAAACUGUGGAAAUAACGGCAGAAUCGCCAGAUGAGCCAACACAGGAAGCCCAAGAAACUCCUCAAGCAGAGGAAGAUUCACCCAAGACAGACUCAAGUAGCAGCUCUGACACAAUCGAAGAACAGUCUGGUGUCACAGCUCCAACAGAAGAAGUCCAGUCCGUGGAGAAUGUUCUAACCAAAACCGUGGGCGAGUCUCCUCCCUCCAUCACUGUGGAUGAACCGAGAUCAGGCGGAGAGAGCUCUGUAGUCCAAACAAGUGUUGGGGAAUUUGAGUUGGUUGAUAAUGAGGAAGUUGCUACUGAUGCAGUGCUUGAACAAAUGGUUGCACAGCAAAAUGAAAGUCGCCAGACCUCUUCACAGGAAGGGGAAAAUGGGCCUGUAAGAGACUCUUCACAGUUCCUGGCGCCUCCCAUUCAGCCUCCCCCACCCACGCCCCCAAUGGACCACACCCAAAAAGUUGAUUCGCCUCCUGCGAAGUUACAGGUAGAACCUGCUCCACAGGAACCCCAAGAACCACAGUACCUUAUUCCAAAGGAACCCCAAGAACCACAGUACCUUAUUCCACAGGAAAUCCAGGAGCCCAUGCAUGAGCAAAUCCCUACAGAAGAAGUUAAUGUUCCACAGCACACCCGUGAGAUACAGGAAGCCCAAGAGCCGCAGUAUAUUGCUCCACAAGAAACCCAAGAGCCACAGUAUACAGCUCCACAGGAAACCCAAGAGCCACAGUAUAUAGCUCCACAGGAAACCCAAGAGCCACAGUAUAUAGCUCCACAGGAAACCCAGGAGCCACAGUAUAUAGCUCCACAGGAACCCCAAGAGCCAAAGAAUAUAGCUCCACAGGAAACCCAAGAGCCACAGUAUAUAGCUCCACAGGAAACCCAAGAGCCACAGUAUAUAGCUCCACAGGAAACCCAAGAGCCACAGUAUAUAGCUCCACAGGAAACCCAAGAGCCACAAUAUAUAUCUCCACAGGAAACCCAAGAGCCACAGUAUAUAGCUCCGCAGGAACCCCAAGAGCCACAGUAUAUAGCUCUACAGGAAACCCAAGAGCAACAGUAUGUGCCUCCUCUAAGGGAGGAGGAAGGACAGCAAGAACUUACAGAACAAACACAGCAGCCACCGGCAUCUCAAAAAGCUAAGAAGAAAAAGAAAAAGAAGAAGAGAAGAAAAAGAGCUCAAGAGAUGGUAAUGGAUGAAGAUGACGAUGCUGAGGAAGAGGUUGAUAUUGAGUAUGUGACGGAGGCUCUAGACCUUAUGGAUCCUAACUACCGGGCUUUCUCCAAGAUCUUUGAAGCAUUCAGGUUAUCUGACCCUGCUGAAAAAGAAGGUGGAAAGAAAGAUGACCAAAAGAAAGUACCAGAAGACAAAAAACCAGAAGUGAAAGACUCAGCAUUAGACACUAAGAUGGAAGAGGAUGAUGAGGAAGUAGUGAAACCCCCUGAAAGUGACCAACCAAAGCUGUCUAAGAAGAAAUUAAGGAAAAUGAACAGACUAAGUGUGGCAGAGCUUAAACAGCUUGUUCCACGCCCUGAUGUAGUUGAGAUGCAUGAUGUUACGGCACAUGAUCCCAAACUUCUUGUCUUUCUCAAGUCUUGCAGGAAUACUGUCCCAGUUCCAAGGCAUUGGUGUUUUAAAAGAAAGUAUCUACAGGGAAAGCGUGGUAUAGUGAAGCCUGCAUUUGACCUGCCUGAAUUCAUAAAGAAAACAGGAAUUAUGGAGAUGCGAGAAGCAAUGCAGGAAAAAGAGGAACAGAAGACUCUAAAGGCAAAGAUGAGGGAAAAGGUCCGGCCUAAGAUGGGCAAAAUCAACAUUGAUUAUCAGAAGCUCCACGAUGCUUUCUUCAGGUGGCAGACCAAGCCUAAGAUGAGCAUCCACGGAGAUCUCUACUAUGAGGGAAAAGAGUUUGAGACCAAGCUGAAGGAGAAGAAGCCAGGAGACCUCUCAGAUGAUUUGAAGACUGCUCUUGGUAUGCCCACAGGACAGGGCAGUCACCUUGUUCCCCCUCCAUGGCUCAUUGCAAUGCAGAGAUAUGGCCCGCCACCUUCAUACCCUAACCUUAAAAUCGCAGGGCUCAAUGCCCCUAUCCCUGAGGGAGCAUCAUUUGGUUACCACGCCGGCGGCUGGGGGAAGCCUCCAGUUGACGAGACAGGUCGACCACUGUAUGGUGAUGUGUUCGGGGUGCAGUCAUUGGAUGCUAACGAAGAUGUAGACGAGGAGGGUGUCGAGAGGCAGCCUUGGGGUGAGCUGGAGUCUGAGGAAGAGUCAGAGGAAGAGUCUGAGGAGGAGUCAUCAGAGGAGGAAGAAGACCAUACAGGACUAAUAACGCCUGCUGAUACUGGUUUAGUGACACCUAGUGGUCUGACGUCCAUCCCAGCUGGCAUGGAGACACCGGACAUGAUUGAGCUUAGGAAGAAAAAGAGCAUUGAGGAGGCCAUGGAGACUGGUGCCGAGCAGCCGUCAUUGUACACGAUGCUGCAAGAGAAGCGCUCCAAUGUGGGCGGCGCCAUGAUGGGCUCCAGCCACGUCUACGAAAUCCCUGGGGUCACACCCGCCACUGCGAAAAAGGCUGGUGGAGGCGCGGCUGAGGGUAUUGAGGUGGCUCUGGAUCCAAGCGAGCUGGAACUGGAGCCUGCUGCAAUGCAAGCAAGGUACGAAGAGCAGAUGAAAGAGCGUGAAAGUCAGAUACAGAAAGAAGACCUUAGUGACAUGGUCGCUGAACAUGCUGCCAAGCAGAAGAAACGAAAAAAGGCAACAGAUAGUGGCAAAGCCGCAAAGAAAUACAAGGAAUUCAAGUUUUAGCUCUACACGCGCACUGGCUUACUUAAUCUUGUACAGUACUUGUAAUGAUGUUAAUAAAACUGACGAAAUAUGA